AUAUUCUCUUCGACUGUAUCAAACCGUUGAUUGUGCUCCUGCAAUAGGGGAGUUCGCCGCCAGAAUGAAGUUGACAAAUCCGGGCUCUGUGCCCGUUUAUACGAUCUCUGGCGCUUCUACUGCAAGACCAUUACCGGACUGGCUUAGUAGACGUCGGAAGAGGUCUCUCAAGAACGACCCAGAAUAUGCAAACCGAGUUGAGCUUCUACAGGAUUUCGAGUUCGAGGAGGCGAGCCAAUGUGUCAGAGUCAGCGAUGAUGGCAACUGGGUCAUGUCCACAGGCACCUACAAGCCUCAGCAGAUCCACGUCCAUGACCUUUCUCAGCUGUCACUUUCCUUUGCCCGUCACACCACCUCUCUCAACGAAACUUUCGUCCUAGUAGGGUCUGGCUAUGAAAAGAGUUUGCACUUGCAAACAGACAGGAAGCUUGAAUUUCACACGCCGAGCGGAUGCCAUUUCGAGACGAGGCUGCCGAGAUAUGGCCGUGAUUUGGUUUACGAUCGUUUCUCCACCGAAGCCCUCAUUCCCUCUGCGGGUGUGGAUACGGAGAACCACAGUGGAGAGGUGUUCCGCCUGAAUCUUGAACUUGGAAGAUUCAUGAAGUCAUAUCAGGUCGACGUUGGGGGCGAUGACCCCGGAAACGGAUUGCAGGGUAGCAUCGGGGUGGGUUGCGUCAAUGUCGCGGCGAUUGCCGAAAAUACUCAUGGGCUGCUCGCCUUUGGGACAUCGAUAUCGACGGUUGAAUUCUGGGAUCCGCGGUCGAAAUCGCGAGUGGCGAUCCUUAGUGGCCACGAUGGAGAAAUCACUGCUCUUGAUUUCAGCCCAACAGGCUUGUCUUUGGCCACUGGAACGAGCACUGGCCUGGUUCAACUUUUCGACCUCCGCAGACCGGUCCCGUUGCUGAACAAAGACCAGGGAUACGGCUUCCCCAUUCAGAAUAUCAUCCACCUACAGACGGCGUCCAACGAGCGAAAGAUACUCUCGAGCGACAAGAAAGUUAUAAAGAUAUGGGAUGAAGAGACCGGCGACCCGUGGACGUCCGUCGAGCCAGUGGUGGACCUUCACCAUGUGGCUCACGUCAAGGGUUCUGGAAUGCUACUCACAGCCAACGAAGGGCAGCAAAUGCAUAGCUUUUUCAUCCCACAGCUUGGCCCGGCUCCACGGUGGUGCUCGUUCCUCGACAAUAUGGUCGAGGAGAUGGCCGAGGAGGUCCACACCGAGACAUACGACGACUACAAGUUCCUGACUAUGGCAGAGCUCAAGUCCCUCAGCUUGGCACACCUCAUUGGCAAGACAAACCUCCUACGGCCGUACAUGCACGGCUACUUUGUAGCCCAGAAACUGUACGAGCAGGCACGGUUGAUUGCAAACCCAUACGUCUGGGAGGAGGAACGCGUCAAGAGAAUCAAGGAGAAGGUAGACAAGGAACGGGCUAGUCGGAUUAGAGGCAACAAGAAAGUCAAAGUCAACCAGAAGCUGGCAGACAAGAUUCUCAAGAGGCAAGAGAAGAGGGAGCAGGUGGAUACUGAAGCUGGCGUUCUCGGCGACUCACGUUUCGCCAAGCUGUUCGAGGACGAUGAAUUUGCCGUGGACGAGAGGAGUUUCGAGUUCCGAGCCCUCAAUCCUAGCACCAAUGUCGGUGACGGACAGGAGACGUCAGGUGGCCGAAGUGCUGUGGCAUCUGGCAAUGUGGGCGACUCGAGCGACGAGAGCAACGAUGACGAAGAUUCAGAGAGCCCGCAAGUACGACAACCGGAAAUGGUCAUGCGGGUCUCAACCUCAAAUCAGAGGGGCAAUUCCCGGAUGAAGGAUACAGCACUAGGUUCGAGGGCUCAGAAAUCAGGUCGGAUUGGGAAGACACGGCAGGGUGGCGAUGUGGGUGGUGAAAGACAAGUAACAUUUGUCCCGGAGUCGAGAAAGAAAGCCAGACCUGGACAACCUCAGCCUCCUGCUCCCACAAAGAACCGGUCGGACCCAAGACGAAGCGCGAGUAAUAACACUUUCCGACGACUAUAG